AUGUCCAGAUUGGUGAGGCUGGACGAACGCGAGGUGAACGGAAUAUACGACACAAGACCCAACGAGGACUCAGUGACGGAGCAAGUGUCGAAGGAUGAUGACGUUGCGGCUAUACCAGAGCUCAACGAGCGAUCGGGGGAAGAUGAACCGAUGGAAGCAUCGGUGGAGCAUGUCGAAGACGCUAACAUGCAGGAGGUGGAGCAACCGGAACCAGUACAAGAGCUGACCACCUACCGAGGACUCGAUAGACCCAUGAGCGAGAGCAUGGUCUUCCACCCGGAGCCAAGCCGUGCCCAGCGUGCACAAGAACCUGUCCUACUACUCACAGAGGACUCAACGAACGACGGAGAGUCCAAGGUGAACGCGACCGAGGGUCGACGAGGACUGCCUACUGGCUGA